GAAUGUCAUAGUUCCUGUAAUUUCCACUCUUUUAACGCCUAUUGAUUGGGCCGACAAUUGGACUUCGGCUGCCUGAUGGGUUAAAUUCGAGAAUUUAAAUGGUCGAAGAGCAAGUGGUGGCCAGAAGGAGCUGAAAAUUUGCCCCUUUUAUCGAAUUCCAGCUGAAAAACAACAAUUUAUUAUCAACAACACAAUCAUUUUGUCAAAUUGGAUGGUGAGUUUUGAAAUUUUGUGAUACUUGAGUCCAGCAACAGCAUGUGCACAGGCUCAGUUUCGGGUUCGGACUCGGGUACAAACGGGUGGAGCAGGGCCCGGGGAGUGGUGCUGAAAACUCUGGUGCUAGUUGGCGGUGCGUUGUGGCUGAAGCGAAUGACGAAGUCCACCACGCGCUGGGACCACACGCGCAUCGUUGCUGAGUCACUCGCCGGUGAAAAGUUUUCAAGGGAGCAAGCGUCGAGAGACCCGGAUAAUUACUUCAAUUUAAGAUGGCUUUCUUGCCCAGCAGCAGAGAUGGUAGAUGGUUCCAGGGUUUUGUAUUUUGAACAGGCAUUCUGGAGAACUCCUCUUAAGCCAUUUCGGCAGAGAUUUUUCAUGGUAAAGCCUUGUCCAAAGGAGAUGAAGUGUGAUGUUGAGGUUAGUACAUAUGCAAUCAGGGAUGUAGAGGAAUACAAGAAUUUUUGUGAUCGUCCCAAGGACCAGCAGCCACGGCCUGAAGAAGUUAUUGGAGACAUUUCUGAGCAUUUGACCACCAUUUAUAUGAAACGCUGUGAAAGAGGGAAGCGCUGUUUAUAUGAAGGUUCAACUCCAUCAGAUGGAUUUCCUAAUACAUGGAAUGGUGCCUCUUACAGUACCUCAGAACUUGCCGUCUUGAAAAACAAUGAGAUACAUACAUGGGAUAGAGGCUAUGAUGACGAUGGAAAUCAAGUUUGGGGUGGAAAGGGAGGUCCAUAUGAGUUCAAACCUGCUCCUGCCUCUAGUUUUUAUGAUAUAUUAUCUCCUUUGAAAACUUCUUUCAGUGCAUAGAGAGAAGAAUGGAGGGUUCGUUAUUGCUUCCCAGAUGUUCGCUAUAUAUAAAUUUAUCAUCGUCUUUAUAUACCUUAGAUAUCCACUUUGUCCAUUCUCCUAUCCAUACUUGCCACAAUAUUUGUACAGGAAUUGUGUUUUUUUUUUAUGACAUCUUAAACUAGAAUAGUACGAGGUUUGUUAGAAUCCAGUUAUUCUAGAGCAUUGUGGUUGGUAUAUAUUCGACAGGAGAAAUGACCGACCGUUUAGACGACUUCUUGAUCCUUCCUAUUCUGAAAAUGAAAAUUUGAUCAUGAAGAAGAAUGAGUGGAGAAAUUAAGCCUUGUUAUCACGAAA